AUGAGCGACUCGACCGCGUCGCAGACGACCACGCUCGAGAAGUCGGCGGCGGCCGUCGACGACGACCUCGAGAAGCAGGAGCGAGGUCCGGUCUCUCGUGGAGCCGCCGCGGUCGAGCCCGAACCUGCGGUCGCCAAACCCUCUCUACCUCCAGGUCGCCUAGCUCCCGACGACCCCUUGAACCCGAUCAAUUGGUCGACCAAGAAGAAGAUUCUCGUCGACUUUGUGCUCAACAUUUGGGUCCUCUCGCUCACCUACUCGUCGACGGCGUACGUCGCAAGCGUCCCUGCCCUGAUGCGCCGCUUCAACAGCAGCCAGACGGUCGGUCUUCUCGGCGUCACCCUCACCGUCCUCGGCUUCGCGGCCGGUCCUCUCCUGUUCGGGCCGUCGAGCGAGAUCUACGGGCGUCGCCCCGUCUACCUUGCGUGCGGCGUGCUGUACAGCGCCUUCGCGAUCGGCGUCGCGUUCGCGGACAGCAUGUCGUCCCUUCUUUUCUUUCGCUUUGUCGUGGGUCUGUUCGGCUCCGCCCAGAUCAACAACGUCCCAGCUUCGAUAGGAGAUUUUACGGUCCCCGCGAAUCGAGGACCGUACAGCAUCAUCUACGCUAUCUGCGCCUUUGGAGGGCCGGCGCUCGGUCCUCUAUCUUCUUCUUUCGUCGAGACGGAGGCGGGCUAUCGGUGGAAUUUGCGGGUCAUCGCGAUCUUCUGCACGUUAACCUCGCUCCUCGCCGCCUUCGUGCCCGAGUCGCAUCACCCUACCCUAGCCAGGCACCGAGCGGAGAAGGAGUCGAGCGAGCCGGUCGCCCGCAAAUCCGUCGCCGACGUCGUCCGGGUCUACAAAGGCGCCCUCUCGCGCCCGUUCAUCUUCCUCUUCACAGAGCCAAUCGUCGCCAUAAUCAGUUUGUACCUGGCCGUGCUCUAUGGCAUUCUCUACGGCUUCUUCCCUGCCUUCUCGGUCGUCUGGAUCGAGAUUCGCGGCUUCAGCCAGCAGAGCUUUGGCCUCACCUACAUCGCCCUCGGCCUCGGCUUCCUCAUCGGCGCUAUGGCCAUCGCUUUACUCGGCGGCAAGUCGUACAUGCGCGCCGCAAAGAAGGCGCUCGAGGGCGGCGACACGACCGUUCCGGCCGAGGCACGCCUGAGCGGCCUCACCCCGUUCGGCGCCGUCCUGGCUCCUGUCUCGCUGUUCCUCUUCGCAUGGACCGCGCCGUUCCCGAGCGUCCACUGGAUCGUUCCUUGUCUGGCCGAGGCGCUCUUUGGAUGCAGCAUGAUCAUGAUCUUCACGUCUUUCAUUCCCUACUUGAUCGACUCGUACCAGAUGCACGCCGCGAGCGCCCUCGCUGCGGGCAUGGCCUCUCGAGCGCUCAUCGGCAGCGUCUUUCCCCUCUUUACUCUGCCGAUGUACCACAACCUGACGGUGCAGGGUGCGACGUCGCUCUUUGCCGGCAUCGCGUGCCUGUGCGCGCCGAUCCCAGUCAUCUUUGCGCGGUACGGGCCCGGGUUGAGGAGCAGGAGCAGGUACGCCGCCGCGAACCGGUGA